AUGGAAAGGGAAUCAGUCUUUGCUCCAAGCACAGAAGUGAAAAAUUAUGAUAUUGUAUAGUUUAUAUAGCAAGAUAUUUAUGACCUCGAAGACUGUUUAGAUAUUUUUGAAUCAAUAUAGCCAGAGUCUACUUUUGGCUUGAACUAUUCCGACUUCUCUCGGCAUCAAUGGAAAGUUGGUUUUACCAACACUAGCAAGCAAAACUAACUCCCCAGAUUGGCAAGUCCACUUCUUCUGGAAGUUUAUCAUCUUUGAAAUCGUCGGGAUAGCCUGAACCAAAAGGAAGCUCGGGCUAUAGUUCAAGAUCUGAAAAUUCCCAAUAAGAAAAAAAGUGAGAUUAGUGAAGUAUUCUAUAUAUAGCUUAUGGCUAAGUAUGUUUAUAUGGAAGACUCUGUAUUAGAAGGCUUAGAGAAGCUACCAAAAGUCGCGAAAACAGAUAAAAUGCAAAAAGUAAAAAUAAGGUAGAGAUUGCUUGAUGAUAUGCAGAAAUUCAAUGAAUUAAGCUGCGAUUUUCAAGACUCUUGGAAUAAUGAAUAUUGGUCAGUCUAUGAGUUGACAAGAGAAGGAUAUGACUCAAAUAGCAUGAAAAACCAAGAGCAAGUGCCAGGAAAAACUAUAAAGCAAAUUUCUCAACAAUUGUAUGAUUUGCAAGACAUGGCUCUUGUUUUAAGCAGGAUGAGUCGUGGACCUGAAGACUCCAAAGACAUUCAUGGCUGCCAGUCACUAGCAGCUAUAGAUGAAGAAGCUCAAAAAUACAAAGAGCCAACUAUAAAAAAGCAAGCCAAUAAGCGAAACUGUGAGCAAUGCAUCUUGUAUUAA